AAAGUUACCUUCUUCGAUUUCUCUUCCACUAAGUUAGUACAGAAGAAAAUGAGAGGAGUACUUAUUUGUCUGGGUGUCGCUUGUACUUUGAGUGUGGCAUGGGCCGCUACACACUGCAUGACUAAUGCUGAAUGCGGAAGCGACGAAUGCUGUUUUAAACAUGAUGGACCAUAUUUGGUCAGUAAGAGAAAACGUGCCUCCGGAGAUCUCCUUGGUCCUGUCAUGCACAUGUCCAGUGGUGUGUGUGAGAAAUUUAAAUUAGAAGGAGACCACUGUUCCUGGCUAGACACCGCUAAUGGUCACUGUGGGUGCCAGCCUGGACUUCAAUGCCGCUUCGUACAAGAUCCCUCUAAAGUCCUCGAUCCGUUUUUAUUGUCCAAACGUGGAGGUGUACCCGGCACUGUACAGUGUGCCCAACCCUUAAUCACGACAAUGUUACCAUGAGCAAAACAUAAAUCAUUAAAGCAAAUGGAUUUUUA